CAUCAGGAAGUGCUGAUGAAUCAGCUGCCUGUCAGAGAGGAGCUGAGACUGCGGAGGACAGGAAGGAGGGGGGCUCUUCUACUACUGUUAUAUUUCUGGUUAUUCACAGCUACAAUCCAUCCCGGUGAACGGUCUGCAUCCGGUCCUGCGUGCUCCCAGAUUCUGGACUACAGAGACAACCCAGUUUAAGACUGGUCAAUACUCUGCCAAGUUCUGCCACUCUAGCAGCCCAAAUUACAGUUACCAAAGUCUUGGAUCGGAUUGCCCCGCUGGUCGUGGGUAUUCCUGUAGUGGGUGGUGGCCUAAACUGGUCUCUCCAACCGGCGGUUGAUGUUUCGGGGACUUCUCUUAGACCCUCAUUGGCUACCCAUCGCAAGAUCUGGCAGUGUGAAGAACCACUGGCAUGAGAUUUACUAUUUUGUGGAGAGUCUUACUGAGAAAUUCACAAGCCCUAUGCUGAGGAUGUCAUUUAUCGUCUUCUCCUCUCGGGGAACAACCAUCAUGAAGCUGACAGAAAAAAGAGAAUUGAUUCGACAAGGUCUGCAGAUCCUUCGUUCAGAGGUGCCUGGUGGUGACACAUUCAUGCAUGAGGGAUUUAAAAGGGCUAAUGAACAGAUCUAUCAUGAGAACAGUGACGGUGCGAGAGCAGCAAGUGUUAUAAUAGCUCUUACUGAUGGGGAACUGCAACAAAAUCAGUUCUACAAUGCAGAAAAAGAGGCAGAGAGAGCUCGCAACUUGGGCGCUAUUGUUUAUUGUGUGGGAGUUAAAGACUUUAAUGAAACACAGCUCUCAACAAUUGCUGACAGCAUUGACCAUGUUUUCCCGGUGACGGGUGGCUUUCAAGCUCUACAGGGUGUUAUUGACUCAAUCCUGAAGAAAUCCUGUAUUGAAAUCCUGGCUGUAGAGCCAUCCAGCGUCUGUGCUGGAGAGUCCUUCCAGGUAGUGGUACGAGGGAAUGGCUUCUACCAUGCCCGAAAUAUUAAUCAAGUGCUGUGCAGCUUUAAAGUGAAUGAUAGCAUUACUAUAAAUGAAAAACCAUCCGAUUUACAAGACACCUACCUGCUAUGUCCUGCCCCUGUCAUUGAAGAAGUUGGACAGGUAGUGUAUCUACAGGUCAGCAUGAACAUGGGCCUUACCUACAUCUCCAGCUCAGUCAGCAUCACUAGCACACACUGUCCCACUGGGAUAAUCCUGUUCAUCGCCUUGCUGAUACUGUUUCUUCUACUGCUUCUGGCUCUACUCUGGUGGUUUUGGCCUCUUUGCUGCACAGUGGUUAUAAAAGAGCCACCACCACCUCCUCCUCCGGAGCCAGAAUCUGAUGAUGAGGACGGUUUACCCAAGAAGAAAUGGCCAACCGUGGAUGCUUCUUACUAUGGAGGAAGAGGAGUUGGGGGUAUUAAAAGGAUGGAGGUGAGGUGGGGAGGUAAAGGCUCAACAGAAGAGGGAGCAAAGCUAGAGAAACCCAAAAAUGCCAUUAUUAAGCUACCGGAACAGGAGUUUGAGCCCUGGGAGCCGAAACCGAAGAAAAACUCACAUCGUCGGGGUCCGCAGGAAAGGAAAUGGUACAGCCCAAUCAAGGGUAAACUGGAUGCAAUUUGGGCUCUGCUGAGGAGAGGAUAUGACCAGGUGUCUUUGAUGAGGCCGCAGGCAGGAGACAAGGGACGCUGUAUUAAUUUCACAAGGGUGAAGGCUGAUGGGAGUCAGACUAUCUAUAAACCUCCUGCUAACAAUGCUGUACCAAACCAUCCACCAAAACAGCCUCCACAACGGCAGCCCCCUCCCGGUCCUCCCCCUCCGCGGAUGCCUCCUGGACCACCUCCUGCUCGUCCUCCCCCUCAGCCCAUGAAUUGAGCCCAUGCACCGGGCUUCUGUAUGCUGGACUGACUGACUCUGUUAGAGCAACUGCACGGUGGCAGCACAGGAAAACCCAGAGAUCAGGUGCCUGAUGAGUCUUGUCCGUGGGAACUGGUCCCGCCAUAGCAUGAUUACUCAUUUUGAAAACAAAUGUGUUACGUUAUAGAAUGCAUCGGAAUCAUUUUCUUAUUUGAUGGCUCAUUCCGUUGGAUACAUCCUAAUUUGCAAUGGAUGUGUUCAUUUCUUCCACCCCCCACACCCCCCAAAAAUAAAAUAAUAAGAAAUACACGGAUUAUACACUGAUCUGUUCUGGGCAACCCAGGGCUUCCUUAUUCCCUGACCGUGCAGCUGCCUUUAACUCUUUGGCUGCCAGAGUAGCCUUACAGUAAGUUAGAAAUACCAUGUUUGUCUGGCAACCAAAGGGUUAUAUGUACCCAGUCUAUUUAUUCUGUCUGUUGUUAUUUUGUUUAAGGAUAGACAAAUGGAGUUUGUUGCUGGCCAGCAAAAUCUGCUCCAUUUGUGCUCAGGUGACAGCCUGACAUCUGUACAUUCCACACUCGCCAUCGCUACUCUAACCUAGUGUAAUCUAAAUUGUAUACAUUUUAUGUUUCCAUUUUCUGCUUCAAAACCCUUUACUUAUGGCAUUUUCAGGGUCAUUUCGUACUAGAUGCCAUCUAGUGCAGUUGAACUGGAUGCCAAGGUGUUGGGGGCAUCAGUGCAGAAUCCCCCUCAUGGCCAUGACCCAACAAAUUGGCCCAUUCAAUACCUUCUUCACUGGCUUAGAAUGAAGCCAUGCUAGCACAGAUUCUCAUGCAGUUGCUUAUGAGCCAUGUAAAAAGUGCUUGCGUCAGAUCAGUGCAGGAGAGAUACAGGAUGGCGCCCUUUUGAGGUGGCACUUAGACAAGCUACACCUAGUUUAAGUUGCUUAGGUUACUGAGCCUACAAUUUGCCUAUGGACUGGUCUCGCUGCAUCUACAGUGUGAGAUUGCAGACAGGGAAAUACUCAAUGACUGUUUUUCUUUCUAUUACUUCUGUACAGAACCUAACAAUAAGAGCAUGUGGCACUGCUGGGCAGUUCGAAUAAUUUAUAAGAUGUACUGACAAUUUUUUGACCUCAAUACCAGUAUAGCUGGAAGUCGCAAUGGAUUGGGGGGGUCAACUCAUUUCUUACACUAAAAAAGAGGAAAUACGUGCUUUGUAUCUGAUGGGAGAAAUGAAACAGGGUAAUAAUCUUUACUGGGGUUAUUCAUCUACAAAUAUUAAUAUAACAGAUGGAGGAGACCACUGUACAAAAGAGGAAAUGCGAGUUUAGAUUGAUACACGUUGAAAGGUCAAUAUGUUCAGAGACGAUGAGAACAGACUGUACUUUUACCCCUGUAUUCAGAAACAGAUUAGAUUAGACUGGGAGGUAUUGGUGAAGCAUAUACACUGCAUCCGUGCCUUGUUUGCAAUAUAUUAUCAGUGACGUAUAAUCAAGAAGUGGAAACGUUCUGGUUUAAUAAGACAAUAGAGCAAAGAUGCACUUUAGCAGGUUGGAAAUUACAAGGAAACACCAAACAUAAUAACAACUAUUAUAGUAUGCUACAAUUUGUAAUGAAAUAAUUAAAAUUCUUCAGUUAUAUUUAAGUUAAAAAGGCAAUUGAAAUGUAUGCUAAUGGUAGUUCUCCUUGAAAGCAAUUCAGGAUGGUUUGUUUUUAAUCUAUGGGUUUUUUUCUUUGCUAAACAAGGCUCUGAAAAUACGGGAUAUAAUGAAAGGAAAAUGGAGUGUAGCAGGUUCAGCGUUAUUCGUAGGUGACAUAUACUGAGGACCCCCUUCCACAGAGAAUAGACCGAUGACCCCAUUCUAUGGUUAGACUAGACCAAUAUGCCUUUAAUCAUUGACUGAACAUAGAAUCAUCUCCCAUUACAAUCAGAGCUUUCUUAUAGUUUGUACAAUUUUCUAAAAAAGCCUUAAACUUUUUUUUUUUCUUAUUUGGGAUCAGGAAACAUCUUCACAACAUGUAAACUAAGCUGGCAAGGAAGCCAUCUUGUCUAGUGGAGGGUAUUCAAUAUAUAUACGGUAUAUAUACUAUGAUAGGUGUAUACAUAUAUAUAUUUAUAUCUUCCCGUAGCGUAAAUAUUUUACGUUCAUUUUUUUCUGAUAUUUAGAAAUUAAGGGAUUUUGUACUAAAUUUUAUUUUUUGUCUGUUUUGAUAAUUCAGGUAUUACAAUGAAAAAGAAUUAUAGAAUUUCUGUUACGGGUGGAGGGGUGUCUCAAAUUUGAGGAGUGAUCUACAAAUCCCUCCCACCGAUCCGCUUUUCUUCCAGACAAUUAGAAUAACAUGAAUCACCCGCCCAUACUUUUCUGUCUAGUGAUCUGACAUACAAUAUUAACUAAUUGGGCGGGUACCAUGGCCAUCCAAUCAGAUGCCACGUUUCUUUUGACACUCCAAGGGAAAGCUUUCGGCUGGUGGGCGUACAAUAUAAGCAGAGUAGUGUGUUGCAGGCUCUGUUAGGCAAUGAGGUUAGUCAUCAAGGUUCUUGGCUGCACAUUUUCUACCCACAGACUAGUGUUGGGAUCUGAAAUGCAGAUCUUGUUACCUUUUCAGGUGCUUUUAGGCUAUCUCAAGCGACAUAUUAAAAUACUGCUUGACAUAAAGUCUCCUAUGGGGGUCUCUCGUUAUUUUAUUUGCUCUCUUUAUGUAAAUUGUACUUUAUUACUAUCUUUACAGAUGCUUAAGGCUCCCUUCCAAGGUGUUUAAAACGUCUUCCUCUCCGAUCACUCACCCCUUCCUAUGCAGCAUUGUAUGUUUUUGCUUGCUUCCAAAAUAUGCAUAAUUCUUCAUGUUACGUAGAAUCGCUAUUUUUCUGCUUGAGCCCCUCACUUCUGCAUUUUUGUGAUUUCCCGUGACCAUAAGAAUCUGUUAUAUGACAUUGUUUUGUGUACUGGAAAAAUGAAAAAUUAGGACACGUGCAACUUUGCCCAGGACAAUAAUAAAUAGUAAAGCUGUAACUUGUCACCAGAGUCAAUUCACAACCUGGGCCCGUAUAUAAUAGUCUGCAAACUGUGGCAGCAAUGAGGUUUUGGUAACUUAGCCGCUAGAUUUACAGAUCAAGCAUCUAAAUGAAACGUCUGUUACCCACAACACGCAGCCUAUUACGUUUGGACCCUGGUCUGUAUAUGCUGUACAAUUCAUAUUGCAUACAGUACUGUACCUUUUCAUAGCUCUUUGUGAUAAAACACAAUUGGACCACUGUUUUUGAAAACACAAGUUUUGCUUUGGAAGUGAAUUUCUACGGCCUUUUGACUAUUUCAAUAACCUGAUGCAAAUAACACACACAAACAGUAAGCCUAGCAACCAUUUAUUAGCUUGUGAUUAUCCUAGAGAUAAGGAGUCUCGUGAAAGUUAAUAUACGGUUGCUUUGAGUUGCUGCGUGUCCUGUGACUUGCAACCUGUCAUUACAUUCACUUGCUCGUUUCUUACCUAUGCUGCAGGUUUCAAGAGGUUACCAGGAGGGAGGGGGUAUUCAGGAAGGCAACAUUAACAUGUAGUGUUAUAGUUUCUGUAAGUCAAUGUUUAUAUCAUACUCUAUGACACACAUCCAGGUACAUGUGUAUACAAGCUUUAUAAAGUCAUGGUAUAAUCCUUUCCUAUCUGACAGUCAAUAAAAGGUGUCAAUAAAAA